AUGGCUGACUCCCGCAACCCCUCCACAGCCUCCAACACCUCCCCAACCACAACCAACUUCCCCAUCUCCCCAUCUCCCACCUCCCCAAGGCGCGACCGUCGCAACAGCGACGAGUGGGACGCCUCCAAAGUCCCCCCCUCCCGCUUCCAAAAGCGCAAAGGAUCAAUCUACGCCGUCCCCGGCUCCCGCGACGGCCACGUCGACUCCAACUACGCCCACAAGUUCCACGAGCUCCACGCCGAAAAGGGCUACACUGGGUUUGGCACGCCGAAUUACAACCAAACCACAGCCACAAAGAAACAGUAG